GCGUUGAAGUUACGCAGCUUGCGCAAAACUACGUAAACGUGCGUUCUCGUGCCCACAGUUCUGAUCGUGAGCAGCAGCACCAGAAGCAGCAGCAGAGGCAGCAUCACUCCCUGACAACAGCAGCUAUGGCGGAGCCCGCAGCACACGAUUCGACAGACACCGCACAGCCUCCAUCCCCGGCCCCGGGCCUUUCCCCAGCGGCCAGCCCGGGCUCCGAGCCGUUAUCCGUGGCCCUUUCUCCCAUCACAGACGGCUCUCAGCGACUCCUCUUCACCCACGACUUGGUCUCCAGGAAGUAUAAAGAAUCUGUCCGGUUCGGCCUCGUACGGAUGAUCCACGGCGAGGAGGAAUUUAACUCCGACUCGGACCUUGAUGAUGGUGGAGGGAGAGACACCGGCGGUGGUGGUGGAGGAGGAGGAGGAGGAAAAGGAGGUGAACGAGUCCCAUGCGGUUCGGACACAGAGAGCGCUACGGGCAACCAUAAUCGGCCUCUCUGUCGUGGGUUUGUCCGUGUCCAGUGGUACCCCGAUGGAGUGAAGCAGGACAUCAGGGAGACAAAGCUGAUGCUCGAAGAUCGAUCCAUCGUCAUCAGAGAUAUUGUUCGGCGCAAUAAUUCAAAUGACAGUCAGUGUGGUAUUGUGACCAACGUGGACAUCGAGUGCACAGUGAAAAUAGUGGGCACAAACUGUGUACUAUAUCCUGUCAACAGCAAAGAACUACAGCCUAUUUGGUCUUUCAUGUAUGGUGAUUACAUAGCCUACGACUUUUGGCUGGGCAAAGUGUACGAUUUCACCAAUCACAUAAUCCUCAAACUCUCCAAUGGAGCCAGAUGUUCGAUGAGCGUAGAGGAUGGUGCCAAGCUGUACGAUGUCAGUCCUCAUUUUAAUGACCCGAGCCUUUUCUUUGAUGAGUGUGGGUUCUAUCCAGGCCAAGUCCUGAUGGGUCCUUCUAAAGUCUUCUCUAAUGUCCAGUGGCUGUCAGGAGUCAAACCUGUCCUCUGCAAGAAGCUUAGGUUCAGGGCAGUAGUGGAAGAGCUAAAAGUUUCUGAGCUGAAGGUUACGUGGAUCACGAAAAGCUACUCCCCAAAGGGAUCUGACAGCAUCUGUCCUCCAUCCUCCACUAUCACCCAGGAAAACCUCUGCAGAGUGAGGCGCCUGGGUUACUAUGACCACACCCAGACACAGCUUGGAAACAGGGGGCUGUAUGUGUUGCCUGAAAAUGGGGACGCCACACACAUCACAUUUGAAGGACCUGAAAAGCCCACUAUCCUACAAAUGGACCCCGUAGCCAAAAAGUUAAAAAGAAUUUUCAAGAAGGACUCUGCAAAGAAGACUGAAAACGUCAGUACACAAGGCGAGCAUAAUUUGGAACAAACUGACUCCCAUCAGUACAAUAAUUGCCCAAACGACCAGCAGGACAUUCCUGCCGAACAUGCCGAGCAGGACGCUGAUGACGAGGCAGCUGAAGAUUCAGAUGACACUAGCUCUCUUACAUCAUCGGCUAGCUCUACGGCUUCCUCCCAAAGCGGCGGUCAGGGGACUAACCGCAAGAAGAGCAUCCCGCUGUCUAUACGUAACCUGAAAAGGAAGCACAAGAAGAAGAGGACCAUGUUCUCCCGUGUGUUCAAACCAGGAGACAGUGUGGCUGUCCAAGUUAUAUUGACCAAGACCACAGUUGAUGUCAUGUGGAAGGACGGACACUUGGAGAAAGGGAUACGAUCAAAUGACCUCGUCCCUAUCCAGCAUCUAGACGGCCACGAGUUCUACCCUGGCGAUUUUAUUGUGGACAAACGACCCCAAGCUCUCCAGGAUCCAGGCUUGUAUGGUGUGAUUCAGUCUGGUGACCACAGGGGCAGGACGUGUGUAGUUAAGUGGAUCAAACUUAACGCCACCAGUGACGACGUGGAGGUUGUUGGUGUUGAAGAGGAUGUCAGUGUGUACGACAUAGCGGAUCACCCAGAUUACCACUUCCGCAUCACUGACAUUGUCAUCAGGCUAUGGAACUCCGAGGUCGGUGAGAACGACUGUGAAAAUGAGACAGCAGUUGGCCAAGUGUUCAAGGUGGAUGUUAGCAGCAAGGUGGAGGUGGUAUGGGCAGAUAACUCCAUGACCAUUGUCCUCCCGCAGCAUCUUUACUGCGUGGAUUCUGAGAUCGAGGAGACCGACGACGACUCUGUGGAGGAGACCAGCAGCAUCCUUUCCACUGAAGAGUGGGAGGACGAUAGCGACAGCUGGGAGACUGUUAAUGACGCCCCCGCAGAGGAGGACUUUAACCUUAACAACAGGGACGCCACUGAGAUAGUAACCCCCACGUCUUGCUACUCCACAUUCAUCAUUCCUCCUCAAGAAGAGGACAAAGUCGGGGUUAGCAGUCCCACGAAAGAAGUUGUUGGAAAUGAAAGUGAUGCGACGGUUGUGGCGAGUUCAGCUUCUGGGGGAGGUGCUGUUAAUGGAUCGGAGAAGCCAACUAAAGGCUUCCGGGAUUUAAAGGAGGCCUUAAAGAUCCUGGAAAGCCUGAAGAACAUGACUGUGGAGCAGCUUUGGACCGGCCUCUCGCCGACAUCUCCCACUUCUGUCGCACCUGCUUCGGCAGCAAACGUUGUGAGUCCGGCGCCGCCCACGGCCCCGGAAAAACCCAAUAAGGAAAAGCGCUUCCUGGGUGACCUGGAAAAGCGCUUCUUGGAUGACCUCAAGAAGCUACAGGAGAACCUAAGAAAAACUCUGGAUAAUGUGGCCAUUGUGGAGGAAGAGAAAAUGGAGGCUGUAGUAGAAGCAGGAGGUGCGAGUAAAGGGACAAAGGGUGAGAGACCUUCUGAAGAGGAGCCACGAACCCCAGUAGCUGGACAGGAUUGGCCCAGUGACUUUCAAAGUGAGACACCAGUACUGUGUCAACAGAGUAGUGGCAAACCUGGCGUCACAUUUACAAGUGCCAAGGGUGAAGUGUUCUCUGUGCUGGACUGGGCACCAGAGACACACUCUUUUUACAAAAUGGAAUUUCAGCCAGCUGAGGCUAAGAAGUUCUUCAGCACCGUAAGAAAGGAAAUGGCUCUGCUGGCAACGUCACUGCCAGGCGGCAUCAUGGUCAAAACUUUUGAAGACCGGAUGGACCUCUUCUCGGCUCUGAUCAAGGGGCCAACUCGUACGCCUUACGAAGACGGCCUAUUUCUGUUCGAUAUCCAGCUGCCUAACAUCUACCCGGCGCUGCCGCCCCUCUUUCGUUACCUUUCUCAGUGCAGCGGCCGCCUCAAUCCCAACCUGUACAACAACGGGAAGGUCUGCGUCAGUCUGCUGGGCACGUGGAUUGGCAGGGGCAAUGAGAGAUGGACCAGCAAAUCCAGUCUGCUGCAAGUCCUCAUCUCCAUACAAGGUCUGAUCCUUGUUAAUGAGCCUUACUACAACGAGGCGGGCUUCGACAGCGACCGCGGCCUCCAGGAGGGUUACGAGAACAGCCGCUGCUACAAUGAGAUGGCCCUCAUCAAAAUGGUCCAGUCCAUGACCCAGCUCCUCCAGAACCCCGUGGAGGUGUUCAAGCAGGAGAUCCGGGACCACUUUGUCACCAACGGCUGGCGUCUCGUCCGCCGAUUAGAAGCUUGGCUGGAGCUGCACGAUUCCGCCGAGAGGAGCGUUGCGGCUCAUCGAGCGAAGUCUUCCGGUGCCGAGGCUCCGGACGAGCGUGCUGCAAAGCUGAAGGUGGGAGACAGUAUUUUGGAGGAGGAGCCGGAGGAUUCGGGACUCGGGGCGUCUGCCAAGGCCGCCUCACAGCCAGAGACCGGACACAUAUCAGACUGCGACGGCUCUCGAGGGCGCGGCGAUGGCAAAGGCGCCACUUCAGUCACGUCGGAAACAGUUUCACCCACCGCAGCUGGCGACGGAGCACUCAGCCAGCCAGUGGUGCGACCCAAGAAACGGAGAAAGAGCUAUAGGAGCUUCCUGCCCGAGGGCGGCGGCUACCCGGACAUUGGCUUUCCUCUCUUCCCGCUCUCAAAAGGCUUCGUAAAGAGCGUCCGCUGCGUUUUGCUGCAGUAUCGAGCCGCGCUGGAGGCCGCCGGCAUCCCGGAGCGGGCCGAGGACAAUGACCCAUAAAGACAAAAGGACCUCAGCUGCUAUGCGUCCCAGAGACCCCCAUCUGCACUUUAAGCAGGCAAACGUCCACCACCCCCAUUUUUUGUCAGCGGUGUGGAUCGAAAUUAUGGAACGAACCGUGCCAUGGACCCCAAUGACCACCUUUUUGCUUGAAAAUCUCUCGACUGAAGAAGGACCAACGGGCCUCUGUUGAAUUAGCCCGUUCUGCUGUCACUUUGUAGCACCGCCGAUAACACCGCGCACUGAUGACUUCAUUCGAAUGCAUCGAUCAGCCAUCCGGGAACUCUUGUUAAUCCAAAUCACUUUUUGUAUGUUUUCUGCCACUUUACGCCAACACUCAAAGAUUCCGUCACGCUGCCAAAAGCUUGUUAAAUGGUACUUGUGAGGUCUUGAUUUAAAUUCAACCUGCACUUAAGUCGACCUUAAAUUCAACACGCAUACACGCAAACACGUCCAUUUCACCUUCAUGUCAAAAUGUUGCCUUACUUGAAACAAAACAAAAAAACUUGUACAGAGCUGCUUGGUUGGUUAGCACUUGGCAGCUUCUUCACCACUCAUUGCAUGAAUGGCAACGAACUACAGAUCAACUUCUGCACGACUGCUUCUCCCUGGCCUCGAGCGACUGAUUUAAAAAUAUUAAAACUAAGUAAAAAGAUGAGUACAGCCCUUCCUCCACUAAGUCUCCAUUCCGGGUUUUAUUUUGCCUAGCGACAGGUGAUGCUGUAUUCUACUGUGACAAACUUGUGCUUCCUAGGGAGAGCAGUCUUUGUUUACAUCUUAAAUUUUAAAUACUUUUUUUUUUGCUGAGUAAACGGAUGCUUUGCUUGUAACAUGGGCUCUCCUGUACUGUUGGACCACGUGGAGUUAGUUAUGACACGCUUUCUUCAUUGGAUGAAGCAAUCUUUGACAUCGCCACGUCAUUAUUUUGCUGCCUUGAACGCUGUAGAGGAAGAAGUUGUCACUGUAGCGCUUAGCCCUUCCUACUCUUCUUCCUUACUAAGCGGUCUGUAAAUUUCAGUCCUCUUCUAUCACGAGCAAACGAGCUCCAGCCUAAAGUUGACGCCGUCGCUUGCGAAGCUGUCGAAGACCCGACAGAGCACUUUUCGCUUUUGAAAAAUAUUUGGUGUAUUUUUUUUUUUCUAUCCUCCCACAAAGCCAAAGCAUGGAACGUUUUGCUUUCGUUUUAGCCUAUCGGAGAGGCAAGACUUGACUGUAUCAUCUCAUUUUCACAGUGGCCUGUUUUAAUUUAUAAAUAUAUAUAUAUAUAUACAGUAUAUAUAUAUACAAAUUAUAUAUAUAUGAUUAGUAGCCUGAUAUGUAUAAAGUAAAUUCUUUUUUUUCUUUUUCAAAUUGCAUUUGUUGUGUUGAGACAGAUGUAUAAUACCAACGUAUUAAACUUUGCAAGCAGUACUGUAGUGAUGUGUCUUAUUUGGGUACCAGUUGUGCUACUCGCAAGUCCAUUAAAGGGACCAAGACUUUCUCAAGUGUGCUUUUAUUUCUCUUUUAUUGCAUAAAACAAAAAUACAGACAUUUGCCUCAUGAAAAAAAAAAAUCUCUGUAAUGAUGAUGUUAAUCAUCCCUCAAUAUAUUGUCACCCACAUAAAACUAGAAAUU